AUGAUUGUCAUUCUUCGGGAGAGCUUACUUCGUGCAAGAUAUGUUCAAGAUAUUGAAGGACAUCCUUAUAUAUCAUUACAGGUUCCUCAAACAGUUAUAAAUAAUCAUGAUCAAUAUAAAAUUCAAGUAUCAUGGUUAACUGUACCAAUCAAUGGUAAACGAUAUUAUAUGCCGUAUAGAAUGUUAACUAAAGAUAAAUUCAAUCGAAAUGCAAAAGAAGAAAAUCCAGUAAUUAUAUCAAUUAAACUUGACGAUACGUUGUUAUUCAAUGAGAAUAUAUUGAAAAUUUAUUUAAUUUUAAUCAAAUCGAAAAUAAAUGAUAUGAUUCUUCCAUUAAAAAUAUUUCCAUCAAUGGAAUCAGAUUUUAAUUAUGAUACAUUAUCCCCAAAACAUUUAAUUAAACAUUUACAAUUACAUCAAUCUGAACUAGCUUUUACAUUAUUAUUCAAAAAGGAUCAAGACACCUUACUAGCCGAUUGGAAUUCAACAGUUUAUUCGAACAUUAUUUCGGGUAGAAGUAAUAUUCUUUUUAUCAGUUAUCGUACAGCUGAUUAG